CAUUAUCGGAACAUCCUUCGGUUUCGUUACAAAAUGUCUAAUAACAGUUUCAGAGUGCAACACUCGCUUCAAAGUGACUGUUCCGAUCGAUCCAAGUUCGAGUUUCCUGAUGCUUACUUCACUUUUGACGGCUGGUUGCAGGACGAUUAUACCGGAACUUCGACCCCAUGGCCUAUUGAGAACAAUUUUCAUCAAGCCAUUGAAGUACUUGAUGGUUUUGCCGGCAACAGUAGCCUACUUACUCGAGAAUCGUAUGAUAGUGGAGAAACUGAAACUACCGAAUCCAAAGAACGAUAUGCAUUCAAGACGAAGUCCGAGGUUGAUAUACUGGAUGAUGGGUACAGAUGGAGAAAGUAUGGGAAGAAGAUGGUGAAGAACAGCCCAAAUCCAAGGAACUACUACAGAUGUUUGUAUGAAGGAUGCUCCGUGAAGAAAAGAGUUGAAAGAGAUAAAGAGGAUUCGAGUUAUGUGAUUACAACUUAUGAGGGGAUUCAUAAUCACCCGAGCAUCUAUUGAGUCGGUGGUUUUCUUGUCGUCCUGCAUAAGGCCAAUAUCAACCUGCGUCGACGAUCACAUCAACUGCAUACUCGAGUCAUGUAUUAUCAUUAGGAAAUCUAAAUCCUUUACUAGGAUGGUGAGCAUACAACUGCGGCAGGAAUAAAACA